GGACGCAAGGACGCAGGGAAGAUGGCGAGUCGCAUGGUGUGGAGGGCGGCUCUACGGACGGGACCAGAUUUGGGGCUCAGUAGCCUGCGGGGAUUCACGACCGCCGCUGCACUAUGUCGUCGAGCUGCUCCUCUGGGUCCGAUGCCAAAUGAUGACAUUGACUUGAGUGACCCCAAAUCUCUGAAGAGGUACAACAGCUUCACAGUCUACCUGAAGGCUGCAGAGGCAGCGAAGAGCAAGAAAUGCUGGUGGAAAACGUACAGGCAGUACCUCAAAGAGGAAAAUGGCAAUAACGAUGAGUUCCUCGUGAACAUCGGGCUUCCGGGCUCUCAGUCUUCCCGCAGUGAACGGGCGAAAGAGAGGUACAGACUGGUGAAAGAGAACAGACACAACCCAGAGAUGGAGAAGGCCUCACGGCAGCUCACUUUAAAGAUCCCUGUUGACCGAGUACAGGCGGAGUGGGAGUGCACUGCCGGCCCAUUUCAGCUGCGUGAUGUGGCGAUGCAUUAUGGUGUCUACAGGGACCUCUUCCCAGGGGCCUUCUUCAUACCCCGCGUCAUGUUGCGUGUGGCUUACGGCAAUGAGGCCACUUCCCAUGUGCAUUAUGGGAAUCAUAUAACUCCUACAGAGGCUUUGACUGCCCCUCGUGUAACUUUUGAAGCCGACAAGGGCUCAUUGUGGACACUCCUCCUCACCAGUCCAGAUGAACACCUGCAGGACAAUGAGGGCGAGUAUGUGCACUGGCUAGUAGGGAAUAUCCCAGGCAAUGCUGUACAGUCGGGAGAGGAAUUGUGCCACUAUAUGCCCCCAUUUCCUGUCAAAGGCACAGGUUUCCACAGAUUCAUCUUCAUCCUCUUCAAGCAGGACAAGGUCAUCAACUAUGAGCAACAUUCCAGACCAUCUCCCUGCUACAGUCUGAAAGAGCGGACAUUCAAGACUUUAGAAUUCUACAAGAUGCACCAGGACCGCAUGACCCCUGCUGGCCUGGCCUUUUUCCAGUGCCAGUGGGAUGAAUCAGUCACCAACACUUUCCACAGACUCCUCAAUAUGAAAGAGCCCAUCUUUACAUUUCUGCGGCCUCCAGUGUAUCACCCGCCCCAGAAGGUAUACCCCCAUCGCCAGCCCCUGCGAUACCUCGACAGAUACCGUGAUGGACAUGUUCCCACCUAUGGCAUCUACUGAUCUUGCAACAUGUACUGCAACCCGGGAGAUGCAAAGCUCAAUUAACUGUAAUUAAAUGUACUUUGUUAUAUCAAGUAAAUGCAGUAAUUUCUGCACGUGGUAAUUGUUUUGUCUUGGGCAAUACUGACAGUAAACUCAAUAUUUGGGAUUGUAUUGAAGGUACUCAUGCUGAAGAUACCUACAAUUAUUUAGCCAUUUACACAGCUGAGUAAUUUUUACUGGAGCAA